AGAAUGGAUCUGGUUUCUUUAUGUAUAAUUUUGCAGUCUCAUCAUUUCUCGGUCUCCUCUUACCGAGUUGAUGUAGUUGUGGUUGUGGUUGCAUUUUUUGUGUUUCGUUGACUGGCUUCUCUAUGCUGUGCUUGUUUGGGGGGUUUCUUGUAUUGGUGCUGCAGAAGUCCACUUGCAUGUUUUAUGUCCUCUAAUCAGUUGGUGCUUGAGGUGUGUUAACUGAUGCAACUUUGGCACCGAAACCAGAGUUGUUCAGAUCGACAGCCCUAUGGCUCCAUGGCAUCGAUUUUGGCCUUUAGUUUUGGUUGGUUCUGCCCUCGUGUUGCCCUGCGCUGUUUGAGCUUUACAUUGUCUUUGGUUUUGCCGACUUCUGAUCUGCUCUUGCUCUUUGGUUGUGGCUGUUGUGUUUCUAGAUUUUUGGCUGUGAAGUUUUUGGGUGCGUGACUUCUGAUCUCUCUCCUGGUGUUACUGUUUGUCGGCUGUGCUCUUUGUUGCCGAUGAUGGUGAGAAUGGUGGCUCAGUCGGUGUAUUAGGGUCUUCCGGUGGGCUUCUGGGUAAUGAGCUGAUUGGGCUAUCAGGUGUUUUAUAGUGAACUUUGUUUAUUUGUUGUCUAUGGUGUAGUAUUGGGCCUUAUUUUAAUACCAUGUUUGCAUGGUAAAAAAAUUUUUUUAAAAAACAAGAGAAAAGCUAUUAAAAAGCAGAGCAAAUAGCUGCAUGCCACGUAAGAGCUCCGAUUCCACGCCACGAGGAAUAUACCUACAGAGCACAUACCAAUUGCUUAUGUCCUCUGCAGCUCCUAAAUAAUCUUACGGCCCAUACCAUCCUAGGAAUUCUAACCCUUUCAUCUCAGCCGUCAAAUCGGAUUACUUUGCCUCUAUGCCUGUGAUUUUUCAAAGCACAGUGCCAUUGGCCUCCAUAAAAGGGAUUUCUGCUUUCUUAAUUUUCUCUCCUCUUCCCAGACUUCAAUUUUCCUUCCCCAUAACCUAAAACUUUAUCGCUUCGCCGAUCAGGGUUUCAAUCUCUAAAGGGGGAUUUGGAUUUUAGCUCCUUUCAAUUCUUUGCUUAGGUUAAUUAUUCUUUUUUAUGGCAUUUGAAUGCCAAGGAAGCACUGAGGGGUUGAAAAAUUACAAUUUUGAGGAGAAUUCUAAUCCAAAACCUAAAAGUUCUGGAAUUUCUAACAGUACGUUAGAUUGUUAUUCUAAGAAGGGAAUUUCAAUAGCUGAUAGUUCAAAGCAGCUGCCUUGUAAUGGGGUUUUGUCCAAUUGUUGCCGGUCAAUCACUGACCUUCCUCCGGCCUUGAUUUGUGAAGUCCUUAAUUAUCUUGACCCGAAGGAGCUCGGUAUAGUUUCUUGUGUAUCAACCAUCCUCAAUAGGCUUGCAUCUGAGAACCAGGUUUGGAAGGAAGUCUAUUGUCAGAGAUGGGGACUCCCAUUGGUGCCUGCACCAUUAGGUGUGGGGGUUUCAGAUGAGAAAUCAUGGAAGGAAUUGUUUGUGGAGAGGGAAUUUAGGAGUAGGACUUUCUUGGGUCGCUACAGCAUUGAUGUUCUGUAUGGUCAUACAGAAGCAGUUAGAACAGUUUUCCUUUUGGCUUCUGCUAAGCUUAUUUUUACUUCUGGGUAUGAUUCUAUUGUUCGGAUGUGGGACAUGGAAAAUGGGUUAUCUAUUGCAUCUUCAAGGCCCCUUGGAUGCACUAUUCGAGCUGUUGCAGCAGAUACAAAGCUUUUGGUUGCUGGUGGUACUGACGGUUUCAUCCAAGGUUGGAGGGCGGUUGAGGCUGUCCCAUACUUGUUCGACCUUAAGGGUUCUGAGGAGCCAAAUUCUGAAUUCAGACUUUGGGAACAUGGGGGACCGAUAACAUCUCUCGCACUAGACCUUAUGAGGAUUUACAGCGGCUCUUGGGACAUGACUGUUCGUACGUGGGAUCGUUCUUCUCUGAAGUGCUUAAAGGUAUUGAGACAUAGUGACUGGGUAUGGAGCCUUGUUCCGCAUGACACAACAGUUGCUAGCACAUCGGGGUCAGAUGUGUAUGUUUGGGACACUUGUAGUGGGACUCUGCUGUCUGUCAUUAAUCAUGCUCAUGUUGGUAACACUUAUUCUUUGGCAAGAAGCCACACGGGGGACUUUCUUUUUACUGGAGGAGAAGAUGGAGCGAUACAUAUGUUUGAGAUCAUAGGUCACAGUAACAUGGCAAAUGUUUUUAAGGUUGCAACUUGGGUUCCUCACUCCGGACCUGUGUAUUCGCUUGCAUUUGAAUUCCCAUGGUUGAUUUCAGCUUCUAGUGAUGGCAAGUUGUCUCUAAUAGAUGUUAGAAAACUACUGAGGACAAGCAGACGUUCUUUGGCAAAGAAUGUUUCAAGAACUAAAAAUGUGGACUGCAGUAUAGAGCCGCCCCAGAGGAUGCUACAUGGAUUUGGACCCAAUUUAUUUUCAGUGGACAUUGGUGCUGACCGUAUUGUAUGUGGAGGAGAGGAAGGUGUUGUCAGGAUCUGGAACUUUUCACAAGCUUUGGAAACUGAGCGGAGGGCUAGAGCUCUAAGAGGAAUACGGUUGGAGAAUCGAUUGAGGAGGCGUAAGCUCCAAAUAGAGAUGAGCAAAGGUGCAAGAACUGACCAGUGUUCUGUGGCAGCCAAGAACUCUAUGCGUGGAGAUAAGAGUAAUGUCUGGAACGGUAAACGUGGAAUGAGUAGCAAAGUGAAGGCUUAGCAACAAAUAGCAAUUGCUAAAUGAUUCUAGGUGCCGUGACUCUCGACCAUGUGAGUAAUCGUGCAACAGAUCCGUGCUAUUACCGUUUAAGCAUGCCAGGUUACUGAUUGUAAUUCCUUUUUUUCAUUCAAAUAGCAAUUGGGUUUUAAAUAUAAGUUUCAUUUUAUGGUGGAUUGAGGAUGGUAUUAUUGGAAUGGUUUAUAUCUUAUUGCAACUUUCGACAA